AUGACCACAGGACAUUCACAUGAAAUAGAGUUUUACAAUGAUGCUUACACCGUGAAUAUGGAGAAGAAAACCUGCGGUUGUGGCUAUUGGCAAUUGAAUGGACUACCUUGUAUGCAUGCUAUGUGUGUCAUCACAACAACAAAGCUGAAUCUCAAUAAUUAUGUAUCAGAUUACUAUCUCACCUCUACAUGGCGCCAACUCUAUUCUACUGGUAUGAAGCCGGUUCAAGGUAUGAAACUGUGGCCACGUUUAGGUCGGUUACCCAUGCUACCUCCUCCUUCAAGAUUCAAUCGAGGAAGGCCUAAUACACAUGCUAGGAGGAAAGGUCCUCAGGAGUCAGCCACUAAUCCACAUAAGCUUACACGGCAUGGUCGUGUGGGAACAUGUUCAAAUUGUCGCAAAGAAGGUCACAACAAGACUAGGUGUCCUAAUCCCACUGCAGCUCCUCCACCUAAGCGUCCAAGAGGUCGUCCAAGGAAAGCACAGGGAGAGUCUUCGUCUUUUGGAGCUUCUCAAGCUUCUCAAACUUCUCAACCUUCUCAAGCAUCACAAGGAGGAGGAGGAUUUGGCUUCUCUUCCUAG